AUGACGGAUGCUACCUACUGCACUCAAUUGUAUGCGUCAGAAGAGAAAUCAGGCUCCUCAGGUUUCUGUAACAUGGGCAGAUCCAUGGCCUUCAUUCUGAAAGAUCCUCUCUUGGUGCUGUUAAACUUGGUCAACAUCUCACCGAUGUCCUGGUUGGGUUGGGAAGAGCUACCGGAGGCCAUGGCGAAACCCCCCCCUUCAUCUUGCUCCGACCCACCAUCACUGUGAUCAUCUGGCUGGGAGGAGAAUGGCUCCCGCUUGCUCAGAUCCUGGGCCAUCUUCCUCUUCUUGAACCGGCGCCAGGCAGCCUGUAUGAAGCAAGCCGCCCAGGUCCUCCAGGAAUGGGAGUAGACACGGAAGGUGUGCUGCAGCUUCUUGCUGUGGAGCCGCCUGAACUGGUUCGCCACGAGCUUCAGAUGCUCGGCCCGGAGGGCGAAGCCCUCCACCUCCACGAGGGCCUUCACGGUCCUCGUGGAAGACGGCAGGCUGCCGGUGGACUUGGGGAGCAGGGCCCAUGUCAGCAGUUCCUCACCACAGAAAUCCCCGGGCCUGAGAGUUAUGGAGUCGAAGAAGCCAGUCCUUCCCCCGUUGGUCGUAUAGCUCUCCAAUCUCCCCCGGAUGAUGAAGAGCAUCUCCGUCACCGGGUCCCCCUCGCGAACAAUGUAA